UAAGCAUAAUGUUGGCCAUCGUUUCCUGUAUUUCAAAACAUUGGAGGACGCAGGAGUCUUCCGACAGAAAGUGAUUUUUUGACUCUUGCGCGAUGUCCAGACUGCUGAGGGUCAACUUUAGGGGAUUCAUAACUUCCCAGAUAAGGAUGUCAUCGGACCAGCUCGGCGAGCUGGGCAAAGGAGCAGGGAAGGGGGGUGGAGGAGGAGGUGCUGUGAGAGAGGCCGGAGGAGCCUUUGGCAAGAAGCAGGCGGCCGAGGAGGAGAGAUACUUCAAGCGCAAGGAGCAGGAACAGCUGGCUACGCUCAGGAAGCACCAUGAGGACGAGAUCGAGCACCACAAGAAAGAAAUCGAGCGCCUGCAGCAGGAAAUCGACCGUCACAAGGGAAAGAUCAAGAAGCUGAAGCACGAUGACUGAAGCCCCCCACCCACAGUGCUUCCUUGAGCUACUUUAAUCACACUUGAUUUGUAUAUACUUCAAAUUUUUGUUUUAACGAUAAGCCCAUGAAAAGUUCUCAGGAAGGGAAAAACAUGAUUUUACUGGAAGGGUACACUGUAAAUUCUGUGCAGCUUGUAUAGAUUUGUGUACGCCUAAUUGGAAAACAAAUUGCUUGUCUUAGUUCAUAUUCUAGCAGAAGUUGAGUCGGACAAAAUGAAUUAGCCUGAAGCGGAAUUGAUCGAGAAUGAAAAAAUAAAUGUGUUGAAUCACCAUUGUCAGACAUCUGCUUAUUCAGCAAUUAUGAAACUAAUGUUACGCUCAGUAGAUAUGCCACUGCAGUGGGCACUGCUGUGAUACCAUCAAAAAGUCAUAAAUAAAGUUUGCAUUGUUAUACUGGU